GGCGAGGGCAAAAGUGGCAAGGCUGGUCGGAAUACCCUUGUAACGCCCGCUGACGACAAAUGCGAAAGGCAACGCACUCCAGACUCCCGCGCCACCGGUGCAGGACAAAGCUUCAGCUAGAGCCACUAGCCCUCGUGUUCGCAGAGGCAAAAUCAAGAUCCACGAUGCAGGCACGAUCGGCGUUGGGAACGAAGACAAUAUUCCCGAGAUUGAGUACAUGCCGCCGCGCGAAAUCCCACUCCCAGACUACCCAGACGAAUGGCCACACGAUCGUACCUAUCCCCAAUUCGAAGGCGCCAAUUUGACGCGGGGGUGGUGGUCGGAAUUUGCGCGGCAGAAGGGCGACGACGAUGACUCUGAUUUCAGCGACUUCGAGGGCAAGCUGGCACAGAUUGAGGAGAGGCAGAGAAAGGAACGGCAAGCAAUGCGAGCAAGGCCAUCACCUGCAGUCAAGAGGCCUGGCUUGAAGAUGACGGCCAGAGAUCCACUCAGCCAGAAGCAGCCGCAGACACUGAAUGCGAGAAGUGCAGCAUCGGCGCUGAAUGCGCCGAACCCAACAGUCACGCCACGGUUUGCGGCUCCCACAGCCGCCACGCAGUCUCGUGCAACUUCGCUGGGCGUGCCGAAGAGGAGUGGUGUAAGUGUCCAGGCGCCAGUCGGUAACGCUCGGCACGGAGCGGCCAGGGUCGCCUCGAACACUACGGUGGGCUAUUCGAAGGGGCGAGCGGUUCGUAAGCCUUCGCUGGGUGUCACGGGCGAGCAGCUGCCUGGCUCUGGCGACAAGAUGGCAUCACCAGACCAGACAUCGCUGGACGAGCUGUUCUCCAUCUCCAAGAUGUUGAGUCUCGAUGGAGAAGAUGAUGAUGAUCUCGGCGGCGGCGUCUUAGUGGGAGGAGAUGUGGAGGAUGAGGAUGAGGCUGAGGUUUUCCAACUGCCGCCUGUUGAUUAUUGAUUUCACCCAUUCCCGGGCGGCGCCAGGCGUUGGGCGUGACUGGGGCAGUGUCUAUGGAUUAGUAUGGCUGCCGCGAGACCCUCAUUCAUCCUCUAUUGGGCCAAGCCAGACAUCAAUUACAACACUCGUUGCGCGGCUUCGACACGAAUACCACAUAGUAAAGAAGACACAAUGCGACCCCAUGGAAAUCCGCCUGUCAGUAAGAUAAGGUAAGCCUUGCAUAACACGGCAUCGACCGGAGGCCGGUUCGAGAGCUUCCG